AGAGGACCUCAACAUACUGAAUUAAUCGGCUUCAAGAUAACUGAAUGAACUCUUCCGAAGAUGCUUAAAUCAGUCACUUCUCUGUUUGUACGGCCAAAUUUUAUCAGCGACCAUGUCAGAGGUUGAUAGGCUGCUUAUUAAGAAAGUUGCAGAUCGAUACCUGAAGCGUGAGGUUCUUGGUGAAGGUACCUAUGGUGUUGUUUACAAGGCCAUUGAUACCAAGACAGGGCAGACAGUUGCCAUUAAGAAAAUCCGGCUGGGGAAGUACAAGGAGGGUGUAAAUUUUACUGCUCUUAGGGAGAUUAAACUGCUUAAAGAGCUCAAGGAUCCCAAUAUAAUUAAGUUGAUCGAUGCUUUCCCUCACAAGGGAAACCUUCACCUUGUGUUUGAGUUCAUGGAGAGUGACCUUGAAGCCGUCAUUCGAGAUAGGAAUAUUGUUCUUUCUCCUGCUGACAUCAAGUCUUACAUGCAGAUGACAUUAAAAGGGCUUGCCCAUUGCCACAAGAAAUGGGUUCUGCACAGGGAUAUGAAACCAAAUAACUUACUUAUAGGUGCUGACGGGCAGCUUAAGCUAGCAGACUUUGGUUUGGCGCGUAUAUUUGGAAGCCCAGACCGCAAAUUCACCCACCAGGUUUUUGCUCGAUGGUAUAGGGCACCUGAAUUAUUGUUUGGCACUAAGCAAUAUGGGUCUGGGGUGGAUGUUUGGGCUGCAGCUUGUAUAUUUGCUGAACUUCUCCUCCGCCGUCCCUUUCUACAGGGGUCAAGUGAUAUUGAUCAAUUAGGAAAGAUCUUUGCAGCUUUUGGGACCCCAAAGGCUUCCCAGUGGCCUGACAUGAUUUACCUUCCAGAUUAUGUAGAAUACCAAUUUGUUCCUGCUCCUCCAUUGCACACAUUGUUUCCAGUGGCAAGUGACGAUACUCUAGAUCUAUUAUCAAAGAUGUUCACCUAUGACCCAAAAGCAAGAAUUUCUGUUCAGCAGGCAUUGGAGCACAGGUAUUUUUCAUCUAUACCUGCACCAACAAAACCAGCUCUGCUUCCAUGGCCUGCCCGUAAGGGAGAAUCUAAGCCUUCAGAUUAUAAUCCACAUGAUGGUCCAAUUGUCUUAUCUCCCCCGAGAAAAUCAAGGAGAGUCAUGGUCCAACGUGAGGGGCUUGAUGGAAAUACAUAUCAAACUGAUAAAGGUGAUCACCAUGCAAAUGAAGCAACAGAUGGGAUUUCAGGAAGGAGUGAAACUAUGCCAAUGUCGAUAGAUUUUUCUGUUUUUGGAUCAAGACCUCCUCCCAGACCAACACUGAACAGUGCUGAUAGAACGCAUUUAAAGAGAAAAUUAGAUCUUGAAUUUCCUACAUCCUGAAGGAGGAAUGAUCCAUGCCAUAGUUUGGACUGAGGAUGCAUCAGUUAUUUCACAUGUUAAUGGUUCCAAGUUUUUUUUCUGUCUCCAUCAUUGGAAAACUGUGAACCGGUGGUGGAAAUGAGACCGAGUGGAGUAUGUGCUCUGCUGCUA